CCUUCCGUUCCUUUAAACCCCCGUCCCGACCGCACGCCGCCGCCGCCGAUAAGCCUCCUCCACAUGCCCGCCGCCGCCGACGAGCGCACGGCGGACCAGCGCAAGGAAUUCCAGAGCUCACCUCUACGCUCCUAAACCAUAGGCCGCCUCUGCCCGGCUCCCCCGCCAUGAGCCCCUGCCCCCGCUUCGGAUGCCCUUUCCACCACGCAUCCCCCUUGGCCGGCUCCUGUCCCUCCUCCAGCGCCGCGCUCCCCGCCCACCUGCGCCUCAGCGUAGACCGCUCUCCUACUCGCCCUGCUCGGCGGCGCUGUCGGUGGCCGCGACGGAGUCCGAGGACGAGGUGGUUGUAGGUGGGGACGCGCGGCUGGCCUCUCCCCGCUCUGGCGGGGCGGGAGGUGCGCCGCCCGGGCCUCUCUGGGCACGGGAGGAGGGGGCGUUAGGGGAAAACGAGGCGGAGCUCGGUCGGAAGGCCUCGAUUGCCGCGCGGUUCAGGCUCUGCCAUGAGCUGCUGUGGCAGAGGAGGUGGCGGGAGAUGCGCGGCGAGUUGGCCCAGAUGGUGGGCGAACAAGGGCCUGAGUCUGCAUUGGCUCUUUGUGACAUCUUAUCACAUGGAUUCAGAGAGUGGCAUUCAAGCAGCAUUAUAUGGGAUGCUCUAGCAAAUAGUUAUGCUAGAGCUCAAAUGAUUGAUGAUGCUCUUUAUGUUCUUAGUAAAAUGAGCAGCCUAAACAUUCAAAUCUCGGUACCCACUUAUGACAGUUUACUGUACAGUCUAAGAAAGACAGACAUGGCACUGGAGAUUUUUGAAAAGAUGGAGUCAUGUGGUGUCUCCCCGAGUGAUUAUUCCCAUAGCAUUCUCAUAGAUGGCCUCUGCAAGCAAGAUAAAAUUGGAGAGGCUUUAUCAUUUUUUCAGGAUGCAAGGAAAGAGGGAAAAUUCAAGCCCUUAGAAAUGACCUUUAACGUCCUUAUGUCGGCAUUCUGUAAUUGCGGGUUUAUUCAGAAUGCAAAAUCAAUUUUAUGCCUGAUGUUGAAGUAUGGAUUAAGUCCGAACAAGUACACAUAUUCAACUAUUAUACACGGUCUAUGUAAAUUAGGGUCUAUAUGUGAAGCAUUUGAUAUUUUUCAGAGUGUAACUGAAGAAGGAAUGGAACUUGAUACUGUCACCUACAACAGCCUUAUUCAUGGCUUUCACUUGCACGGUCACACAAGACAAAUUCCAAGAAUGAUUGAGAUAAUGAGAAACCAAGGGUUUGAACCUGAUCUUGUUACGUAUACUAUACUGAUAGCUGGCCAUUGUGAAGGUGGUGACGUUGAAGAAGGGAUGAAGAUAAGAAAGGACAUCUUAGAGCGAGGUUUGGUGUUGAAUAUUGUCACAUAUAGCAUCCUUAUCAAUGCUCUCUUCAAAAAAGGCCUAUUUUAUGAGGUCGAAAACCUACUUCGUGAGAUAUGCAGUAUUGGUCUGGAUAUGGAUGUCAUUGCAUAUUCCAUCCUCAUCCAUGGGUACUGCAAGCUUGGAGAAAUUGGAAAAGCGCUUCAAGUCUGCAAUGUAAUGUGCUCUUCUCAGAGGGUAAUGCCAACUUCAUUAAACCAUGCAUCUAUUCUUCUGGGCCUUUGCAAGAAAGGAUUCCUUGAUGUUGCAAGGUUGUAUUUGGAAAAUGUAGCUACCAAAUAUCAGCCAACUGAUGUAGUGCUUUAUAAUGUAGUUAUUAAUGGUUAUGCAAAAGUGGGUGAUAUUGGUAAUGCUGUUCAGCUGUAUGAUCAGAUUAUUACGGCUGGUAUGUGCCCAACCAUUGUAACAUGCAACUCUCUUCUAUAUUGCUACUGCAAGAUUGGGGAUCUGCAUGCGGCAGAGAGUUAUUUUAGGGCUAUUCAGAUAAGUGAUCUGCAGCCAACGACUGUUACAUACACCACCUUUAUGGAUGCGCUCUCGGAAGCUGGGAAAGUUCAUACCAUGCUAAGUGUUUUUAAAGAAAUGAUUGGAAAAGGGAUCAAGCCAAAUGCAAUAACUUACAGCGUAGUUGUUAAAGGACUUUGUAAGCAGCUCAUGUUCCAUGAUGCUAGGAGUGUUCUUGAUGAAAUGUAUGUACAAGGGUUCAAUGCUGAUCCAAUACCUUACAACACCCUUAUACAAGGUUUUUGUGAAGCAAGGGAUGCCAAAAUGGCUUUCCAUAUAUAUGAACUAUUGGUAUGCCGCGGACUGAUGCCCACGCCUGUUACUUAUAACUUGCUGAUCAAUGUGUUGUGCUCAAAGGGACUAGUCAUUCAUGCAGAAAUGGAACUGGAGUCCUUCAGAAAACAGGGUGUUAAGCUGAGAAAAUUUGCAUAUAUGACACUUAUCAAAGCUCAAUGUGCAAAAGGAAUGCCUUACAGGGCGAUUAUGUGGGUUGGUAAGCUUCUAGAUGCAGGGUUUGAGGCCUCUGUUGAAGACUUUAGUGCUGCAAUCAACCGACUAUGCAAAAGACAAUUCACCAAAGAAGCUUUGAUGCUCUUGCCGAUUAUGCUAUCUGUUGGUGUUUAUCCAGAUAUUAAGCUAUACUAUGUCCUUGGUAAAGCUAUACAGAAGAGUAAUGAGUUUUUCUAUCUACCCAUAUUACAAGCACUUGCUACAAAAACUGGCCUUUAGUAUUUGGAGCAUGUGUUCAGUCGCAAUGUCGGCCAUGUUUUAAUAGGUGGGCAUUUGAGACAGUGCUGCCGGCAGCCAAUCACUUGGUCAGUAUGUGUGCUAAACCAUAAGGCAAGAUUUGCGAUCAUAAGACCGUGUUUACUGUCCAAUGGUGACACAGAGAUGGCAAGGAAACCAACUUGCUUUCUAGGUUGGUAGACGGCAUUAAGAAUAUAAGAUGGGCCAUCACUAUCGGCCAACCCUGGCGCGUCGGUGACUGGAUUUUGUGAUGAAGAAAGAUAUCAUGAUUGUAGGAGACGCAGAGAAGCUGCAGACAUGAAGCACCGUCACCUGAAGCUGACGGUGCCAAACAGGUUGAAUUUCGCUCACAUGACGACAAACUCUGCGUCUUUCGGCUGCUCAAAGUGCAGGCAUCCUUGCUGAAAACCAAGUUGAUCCGGGGGAAUCCAUGAAGCAUGAAGAUCAUGCACUGUACUUGUCGGAUGUGGACGAGGACAAAGGCCAUGGCUAGGCGCCUAGGCGUCCCCACGGAAGGGCAUAUGGGCAGGGUGGCCCCCGGGAUCUCUCGUCCAAGUCCCGGAGAUCUCUUCCGCCAAGCUAGCUUCUCCUGAUAUCUGCGUGAGCAUCAUAUCAGGCGCAUGGCCGAAAGCCAAAACUUCAGGGCGGGGCAGGUCGGUGCUUGUCGAGUAGCUCUGAACCAUCUUCCUCUUUUGUCCUUCCUGUGCACUAGUCGUUUUCAGUCUUUACUGAAUGAGAUUCUUGUGUUCCCCCUGAUUAUCUAGUCUGUGUAAAUUGCAUACUUUGCUGUUGAUGCUGUAUAGUUACGUUCGUGAUCAGAUUGUGACUGCAGGUCUGGGAAAUUGCACAUGCAUAGCGAUGUACAGACUAGACAGCUGCUCAGCAUUUUAUUUUCCAAGUAACCACAAUACAUUCUAUGUUCAGUGGUGACUACAGAAUCUAUUUUUCAUGUUGGGAGUUAAAUGUACAACAAUUGAGUAAACACUGGUAUGAUGUGAAUCUUUAUCCUA